GAUGUCAAAAUUCUAUAGCAAUGUCAAUUUGUCAAGCGCAUUGUCAAAACCGAAAAGACGAAUUUACGUAACCUUUCUCAGAGCAGAAGUUCAAUAGAGUAUUUUGCUGCUAAUUACAUCAGGAGUCCUAGACAGCAAAAUGCUUGGUCGACUGGGUAGGAAACACGCGGAAAUCGCGGCGAGUUUCUUGUCAACGGCAGCAGGGUAUGGAUGCGGAGCUUUCCUUGGCCUGCUAUACUUCACAGACUGGAAGGUGUUCGUGACCAACAUCCCAUACUACAAUGGCAAGUUUAAGGGACUCGAAGAAAGUGAAUAAUUAAACUAUGUUAAUAACUUUUUGUUAAUUUAAAUAGUAAUUAUAAGUUAUAGUCAACGUGAA